CGUUUUUCCGUUUUCACGCCAAGAAAAUCAAUGUCAUGAUGCAGCCUUUGAAAACCUGGCAGAAGAUGAGUGCAGUUGAUUGGUCCAAUCUGACCCUUCACCUGGAGGGUUCCCUGACCAAUGCAUUGAGUCAUUACCUAGACAACUGGAGGCGUAAUGUGACAGCUGCAGCCAACGCUUUGGACAAGACUCUGGCCGAGGAGAACUUCAGGAACGUCAUCUGUUAUCUGGCGGUGAUGAUUGGCAUGUUUGCCUUCAUUAUUGUGGCCAUCCUGGUGAGCACAGUGAAAUCCAAGAGGAGAGAGCACUCCAAUGACCCCUACCACCAAUACAUCAAAGAGGAAUGGACUGCUCAGCAGGGUGAUGUUGUCGCCAACUUUGCAGCUAGAUAA